AUGCAUGGUAUCCUGGCCGUGUCUGCCUUGCAUCUCUCUCUUACUGCUGCUGAGACCCCGAAAGCCUUCUGGCUUGGACUGGCUACUGCGCACAAGGGGCAGGCGCUUCGGUUCUUCCAGGAACAACUGCAAAAUGUCAACCCCGCCAAUGCAAAGGCCAUGCUGGGCUUCGCUGGGCUAGUGGUUAUGUUUGCAUUUGGGUCUGCUUUGACUGGGUUAGCAGACGGCGACCAUCCCAGUCUUGAUGCUCUAACCAAUAUCUUUGUCUUGUGCCGGGGCAUCCAGGAGAUCACUAACGCCGCGUCCAGCUUCUUGCGACAGAGCAGUUUUGCGCCCCUGUUGAGUCCUACUUACCCGGCGGUCUCCAUCCCCGACCACGUCAAGGAAUCUCUUGAUCGACUUGACCAACUGAACAGAUCUCGCGCGAGUGACGGCCCGCAUGAUACAGACACUUUCGGAAAGAAUAUUUCAAAUCUGCGGGAAUUAUUGGCAUACACAUAUGCGCAACCGACUUCCAUGACCCUCGCCGUUGGGUGGGCGAUAAGAGCACCUUCGGCGUAUCUUCAAUACCUGCAAAUGAAGGAGCCUUUUGCCUUGGUCGUACAUGCGCAUUAUUGUGCACUUUUGCAUGUGGCACGGCAAAAUCCGUUUGUCCAGUCAUGGGGUCGUUGCGUCCUCAGAGAUAUCUACAGCUUUCUGGAUUCGGACUGGAGGCUACACAUAACGUGGCCUAUUAGUGAGAUUUUCGGAGAAAAUCCUGUGAUAGACUAG